UCCUGUUAGCAGAGUUCCUCUGUAAUCCUCCCACAGCGUUCAGAUCCCUUCAGGUCUUUACAGCUUCUUCUCCGCAGCUCUGUGCGAUGCAGCUGGACCCUCACUGAACAACUCAGGAUGUUCAACUGGGUGGUCAAAGUUGUUCCCAAGCCGCCGGAGCCUCCGCCCAAAACACUUGAAGAUCAGAAGGAUGUGAAACCAGCCGCUGCCCCAGCUCCGGCCGCCACCCCAGCUCCGGCCGUGCAUCAUCCUCCUGAGAAGAAAGUGACAUUUCACGAUGAGUCCAAAAAUACGGCUCCAAAAGCUGACAAACCCAAUCAGGAAGGGCAGGCAGCAGAGGAGACUGGCCCAGCGGCUGGCUCUCAGCCCGGUGUGUUGACGUGGAUCAGCGGCGUUAUGCCUCAACCGGCGGUCACACCGAAGCUGAGCCGAGACAACUCCACCACCAAGGAUGAAAAUGGCACAAGAAAAGGGAUGAUGGCGUGGAUCACUCAGGGUUUGGAGAAAGUUGUUCCUCAGCCAGAUCUGAACAAGAAAGAAACAGCGGAGCUGCCCAUCGAGGAGCGCCAACCAGCAGCUGCAAAAGCUGCAGAGCCUCAGAUCACCGUGGUGGAGGUGGCAUCAGAUCAAGAGGACCAAACUGACAACAGACCACUGCCGCCCAGGAUGAUAGACUGGCUUAAACACGGUCUGGAGAACAUGGUUCCUCAGCCAGAGAGUCAUGUUCGCUCAAAGACAGAAGUCAACAAGAAGACUGAAGCUCCUCCUUCAACUAAAGCAGAGGCUCCGGCACCAAAACCUGCUCCAGCCACAAAACCUUCUGCUGACACUGAGAAGUGAGUAAAAUCUUUGGCAGU